CAUCAGCAAGCAACUGUUAAACUUAUAAAGGAAGGGUGUAGUGGGGGAGGGGAGGUGAUUCAGUGAAAAAGAUUCAUUCUGGUGACUGUUUUUAUUGAUUUCAGCAUUCCUGCAGCCUUAUUUAACAGUCAUGGGUCAGAGUUGGUCAGUUCAACCUGGGCUGUCAAAUAGAGUCAGGCGAAAGAGUCUCAAAAAGUACUUUUGGCAAUUUCGUGUUAUUUUGGUGGGUGAUUCCACGGUGGGCAAAACAUCUAUUGUGCUCCGUUUAACUGAAGGAACAUUUAGAGAAGACCUCCAGAAAACCAUUGGUGUGGAUUAUUACAUUUAUGUUCUGGAAACCAAACCGACAGUCAGAGUGAAACUACAAGUGUGGGAUACAGCAGGAGAAAAGGAACACAGAACCAUCACAUAUUCACACCUCCAAAUGAUACUUGGUGGACUGCUCGUGUUUGAUUUAACAAAUCGCCAGUCUCUUGACUACCUUACAAACUGGCUGCAUGAAAGCGGUACUGUGCUUGACCAGUGCAAGUGUAUCUUCAUCCUGGUUGGACACAAAAGUGAUCUAUCAGCUGAGAGGCAAAUCUCUCAAGAGGAGGCUGAACAGAUAGCAGCACAUUUGGGAGUGAGAUACAUCGAGACGUCUGCCAAAGAUGACACUAACAUACAGGAGGUUUUUCUCACUCUGGCAUCAUCAAUCGCUGAAUCAGUGAAAACUGAGUGACAAGUGAAAGGAGGGAAUCACUGUGAUCAAUGGUGAUUUAUUUUUAAACAAACAUUUUUGCCAAUGGAUUUUUGAAAACAAUAUGUCAUUUUGGUUGAAUGUAUUGAUAAUUUUGGCUGAAAAUCUACUUUAAAUUGAGAUGAAAGGUACUUCCUGAAAGGGAAACAAUAUUCUUGGUCAACACAAGGCACUUUCUUUCUAGCAACCUGCAAAACAGACCCAUGAACUAGGGACAGUUUGAUGAUAAUGCCUGAUAAACAAUUAAUAACUUCAGAGAGAAGACUGUGCCCCUUAUGAACAGUGUCACUGCUGUAUUUGUAGUUUUAUUUUUUUUGUGUGUAAAUAUAAAAUUUUCCCAUGGUACCAAGGUAUUGUUUCACCAUACAGCAAGUGCUUUACUGAUUGAUGACUGACAGCGGUAACAGACAGUCAUGACUGGUCGCUAUUAUAUGUCUCAGUCCCAGCACAGAGAAUAUAAAUUCCCAACUUAUACAGAAAGAUGGGUGAGGAAAAAUUGGUUUUAAAUCUAAAGUUUUAUAUGCAUUUAGUUGAAACACUAAUGACAGACAAGAUACUUCAAGCUGUGAAAAUCUACUGGGGUUACAAGUAAUUGUAAAUUGUACAAGUAAUUAUAAAUUAUAAUUUAACUUAUGAACUAGUUGAUGACAGCACUGUAUUCAUUCCAUGUCUUAAAAAAAUUUAAAUGGUGUAUAUAAAGGUGAAAGCUCUAUGGUGUUUAAGACAUCUGAAAGCAAUUCUUUGUUUUUAGUCGCUUUUUAUAUUGCUUCUGAAAAUGACUCAAAAUAAAAUAAACCAUGUUAAUUCUCCA